AUGGAAGAUAGUCUUAUUCUAGGCGGGAACUGGACGUAUCCUUUAGCUACCGCUAGAAGCGCGAACGCUGUUAUCGCCUUUGAUAUUGACUACAGAGGUUCUAAGAGAGCGACUCGACCGGAAUAUAUAACAGUCGAUGGUGUAGAGGAGUUUCGGGCCACCGCUGUAGUAGAGGCCUAUCGCUUAGGGACUUCGGGACAGAAGACCUAUGUAGCGGGAGGCCUGGGCUCGACCGACAAAUUCAUAUUAUAUCGGAGCAGCUCUUGCCGAAGCAAGGCAACAGUCCCAGACCCAACUCUAAGGCUCAAUCAAUCGAGCGUUUUGAAACGUCCUCGACCCCAGACCCCGCCAGAACAGAUAAGCUCAGAGGACGAAGGAUCUGUCGAAAGGAAAAGGGACAGCAAACGUGGACGCCGAAGUAGCGACUACCGUCCCAGCUCCUCUUCGGAGAACUCGAGGAGCGAGUUUUGA